AAAGCAGAUCGGGCUUUAUUAAUUAGCCCACAGCCCUAUCUUCCAGGCAAAGGAUCCAUUGCGUAUAAAUAAAGCCCAUCAUUUUCAGACAGUCACAGGGAGAGAAGAGAGAGAGAGAGGGGACUACUUGCUCUGUCACUGACUCACUGGUCGAACGAUUUCGCAAAAGCACAUUUUCAAGCGAAAUGGAAGAAACCCUAAAUUCAUCGCAUCCACAACCUUCCGAUGAAGCGACCGACGGAGUGGAAGCCCAAGCUGUAUCAGAGACUCAAAACCUUCAAAAAUCUUCCGAUUCUGAUUCGGACUCUGACAACUCGGACUCCGACGCCGAACAGAAUCUUCAAAUCGAAACCCUAGAAACGGAACUCUCCAAUAACCACGCCAACUACGACGCACAUGUUCAAUAUAUCAGGGCUCUGAGGAAACAGGGUGAGAUUGAGAAGCUUCGACAAGCGAGGGAGGCCAUGAGUGCAUUGUUUCCAUUAACCCCAACUAUGUGGCAAGAGUGGGCUAAAGAUGAAACUUCUCUAUGCUCUGGACCAGAGGCUUUCACUACGGUUGAGAAACUUUAUGAGCGAGGCGUGUUUGAUUAUCUGUCAGUCCCUUUGUGGUGUGACUACUUAAAAUUUAUUCAAAAAUAUGAUCCAUCAGUAUGUGAAUGUUCACCUGCUGGGAUUUUGAAGGCAAGAAACCUAUUUGAGCAUGCUCUCACUGCUGCUGGUUUGCAUCUUUCUGAAGGCAGCAAAAUAUGGGAAGCAUACAGGGAAUUCGAGCAAGUUAUCCUCCACAUGAUGGAUGGGAAUGACACUGAGGCAAGGGAAAAGCAGGUCCAGCGCAUUCGAAAUAUAUUCCACCGUCAGUUGUCUGUACCCCUUGGUGACCUAAGGCCAACACUUCUCGCCUACAAGGCUUGGGAAGCUGAACAAGGGAAUGCUUUUGAUGUCAACUCUAGCGACCUAGAUGGAAUUUCUUCUCAUGUUUCCUCUGCUUACAAAAAGGCUACGGAUAUGCUGAAUGCUCGUGUUCGUCUUGAAGAACAGAUUUCUUUGCAGGAUAUACCUCACUUGGAUAGACUUACACAAUUCAUGACCUACUUGAAAUUUGAGCAGUCUUUAGGUGAUCCAGCUCGUGUUCAAAUCCUGUAUGAACGUGCCAUAACUGAGUUUCCCAUAUCCAGUGAUCUGUGGCUUGAUUACACUCGCUACCUGGACAAAACCUUGAAGGCCGCCAGUGUUGUAAAGGAUGUUUAUUCCAGGGCCACAAAGAACUGUCCCUGGGUUGGUGAACUUUGGGUUCGUUACCUUCUUUUGCUUGAACGCGGCCAUGCUUCUGAGAAAGAGACAUCUGCUGUUUUUGAGAAGUCCCUGCUGUGCACUUUUUCAAGCUUUGACGAGUACCUUGAUAUAUUCCUCACUAGAGUUGAUAGCUUAAGGCGGAGAAUCUCGUCAUCUGGUGAACUAGAGGAUGCCUUGGAUUAUUCAAUAAUAAGGGACACAUUCCAGCGUGCAUCUGAUUACCUAUCACCUCACCUCAAGAACAUGAGUAGUUUGUUACGGAUGCAUACUUACUGGGCCCGUUUGGAAUCAAAUCUGGGAAAUAAUUUAGCUGCAGCUCGUGGAGUUUGGGAGAGCUUACUUAAAAAUAGUGGCUCUAUGUUGGAAGCCUGGCAAGGGUAUGUAGCAAUGGAAAUUGAAAUGGGCCAUAUAAGUGAGGCUAGAUCCCUCUAUAAAAGAUGCUACAGUAAACGAUUUUCUGGGACAGGCUCGGAGGACAUAUGCCAUUCUUGGUUACGGUUCGAGAGGGAAUUUGGUACACUGGAAGAUUAUGAUCAUGCUGUACUGAAGGUGACUCCUCGUCUGGAAGAGUUACAAUUAUUCAAAUUACAGCAGGAGAGCAAAAUCCUUGGCACAUCGAUAGAUCAGAAAGAUGAUUCCUUUAAGAAAAAUUUGCAUGAAAAGAGAAAGGCCUCCUCAAACAUAUCUGAUGAGAAGCCUCCAGCAAAACGUAAGAAAGAUACAGCUCCAAAUGCAAGACAAGCGUAUGAAAAAGAUAAUUCUCAAACAAGGAAUUCAUUUAAAGCAAAGACAGUGGAAGAUGUCAAAGUCCACGAUGGCAAGCCAGGCAGUGCACAUGAGGAGAAAAUGAAAGAUAUUACCCCUGAAAAGCCCCGAAUCUACAAUGACAAAUGCACUGCCUUUGUAUCAAAUCUUAGCCUCCAGGCAAAUUAUGAAGAUUUACGUGGUUUCUUCAGUGAUGUUGGUGGAGUUACUGCAAUCCGAAUAUUAAAUGACAAGCAGACUGGAAAAUCAAGGGGAUUGGCGUAUGUGGAUUUCUCUGAUGAUGCACUCCUUGCUGCAGCUGUUGCAAAGAACAAGCAAAUGUUUCUUGGAAAGAAAUUAAGCAUUGCACGGUCAAAUCCAAAGAAAGGCAAAAAUAGAGAACAUGGAUAUGUUGAUGCACAAACUGGUACAGUUGGGAGAUCUGAUACUAAAGGUCCAACCGAAAUCUCUGAAGGGAGCAGGGGAUCUCAGGUACAAUCAUCUAAUAAUAGGCAAGGAGAUGAAAAUUUUCAGCUCAAGGGGAAAAAUACAUUUGCGGUGCCAAGAAAUGUCAGGCCCCUUGGUUGGACCAGCACGAAUAAUCCAAAAACUGAUGAUGGAAACGCAGUAGGGGGAGACCAGAAACCGAAGUCCAAUGAUGAGUUCAGAAAAAUGCUCCUAAAAAGUUGACUUUUGUAAAGCAGCACUAUGACAUAACUUGUAUGGUUGGACAUAAGGCUUGUAUAAAUUUCCUGGAUGUACGCACUCAGAUAUUUUACUUAUAUGUACCACAUCAACAUUUGAUCUUGAGUA